AGGCUCCUAUCCUAAAGGAGAGAAUUCAGUCGCGCCGCGGACAUCGCGCGGGGCGGACGUGUCAAAUAGUUAGUAAAUACAUAUUAUUUUAUAUUUUUUGCCCUUUAUAAUUGUUAAGUAAAUUUUUAUUAAUUUAGGCUCGCUUCAAACAUGUUGGUUGGUGGUUUCAAGGCGUUUAUUUAGAGUCCAAAAACACCAUCAAAAUGGGCGUGGCAUCAGACGGCUUUGCGAGCGGGUGGCGCGCGAAGAUCGCCGCGCUGAGGGAGUCCAGGAAGCUGGUGCUGGUCAUCGUCGCCAUAGCUUUGUUGCUGGAUAAUAUGCUGCUUACUACUGUUGUACCAAUAAUCCCGGAGUUUCUGUACGACAUCCGCCACCCGGACGCGCCGCUCUCCAUGUCCUUGGAAGACAUCACGCUGCCUCCACCUUCACCCACGCCCUACUGCCCCUGUCUGCAGCAGAACACCAGUCUGGUGCAGAACGAGACUCAGCAUUUGAACCUGACGGUGCAGCGCGAGGAGAGACAUCAGGAGCUGAUCCACGAGACAGUGGCAGUCGGCGUCAUGUUCGCCAGCAAGGCGCUCGUGCAACUCCUCGCUAACCCCUUCGUAGGACCCCUCACACACAAAAUCGGUUACAGCGUCCCAAUGUUCACCGGCUUUAUUCUGAUGUUCCUGUCCACUCUGAUCUUCGCGUUCGGGCGGUCGUACUCGGUGCUGUUCAUAGCUCGUGCUCUACAGGGCAUCGGGUCCUCCUGCUCCUCCGUGUCAGGCAUGGGCAUGCUGGCUGAGAGAUAUCCUGAUGAUAAGGAACGUGGCAACGCCAUGGGUAUAGCUCUCGGUGGUUUGGCUCUAGGAGUGCUCAUCGGGCCUCCCUUCGGAGGCCUCAUGUACGAGUUUGUUGGCAAAACUGCUCCCUUCCUGAUGCUGUCAGCCCUGGCUCUUGGAGAUGGAUUGCUUCAGCUGAUGAUCUUGCAGCCGGGAGUGGUGCGUCAGGAGUCAGACCCACCUUCUCUUAAGGCUCUGGUCUGCGAUCCUUACAUCCUCAUCGCUGCAGGAGCUAUAACAUUCGCGAACGUGGGCAUCGCGAUGCUGGAGCCGAGCCUGCCGAUCUGGAUGGCGGACACCAUGGAGGCGCGACGCUGGCAGCAGGGAGUCGCGUUCCUACCCGCCAGUAUCUGCUAUCUAAUUGGUACAAAUCUAUUUGGACCACUGGGACACAAGAUGGGUCGUUGGCUGGCCGCUUGCUCAGGACUGAUCAUCAUUGGCUUAUGUCUUAUUCUGAUACCAAUGGCGCGGAAAUUGGAACACCUGAUCAUACCCAACGCUGGUCUCGGCUUUGCCAUCGGUAUGGUGGACUCCUCAAUGAUGCCUGAACUAGGCUUCCUGGUGGACAUCCGACACGCCGCUGUGUACGGCUCAGUGUACGCUAUAGGAGACACUGCCUUCUGCUUGGGAUAUGCUGUUGGUCCUGCGCUAUCCGGCGCUCUGAUGAACAGCAUCGGCUUCGAGUGGAUGCUGGUCAUCAUAGCAGUGCUGAACUUCGGCUACGCUCCCUGUCUGCUAUUCCUCAGGUCACCACCAGCGAGGGAUGAGAAACAGAGCCUAAUAAUAAGCGACAAGUCCUCAGUCCGCUACGUGAGCUACCAAAACGAAGAAGAAGAAUAAACACGCCAUUUUGAUCCCGCCAUCUUGAAAUUUUAAACGCGGGAGAUUUUUUAAAAGGGGUUUGCUAUCAGAUAUAAUAUAAAUAAGGUAAUAUAUGUAUACUGUAGAUAAUUGCCCAUAAAUAAAAUGUAUAUUAAAUCAUAUCUAAAAAUACAUAUUUUACUAAAUAAUAUUUUAUGUCUAUCUUAUACAAUUUGUAACUAAAUCUUCUCUGUAUCCUUCCGACCAAUUUUUGCUCUGUGACCUGUAAAAACGUGUAUAUUUUGUGUAGAUCUGAAUAUUAAUGGCUUGUAGUUAUAUACGUAUAAAGUAUAUAAAUAAUAUAUUUCAUAUUUAUACUACUCUUUAUGCCUGCCAAAGUUAUGGCACAAAUAUCUAUAACUUGUGUAGGUAUUUACUUAGUUAUUUUUGAGAAAAAUAACUCGAAAUAUUUGCAAUAACUUUAAGCAAUGUUAAAAGUAAUAAUCAGUCAGAUAAAUACUUGAGACAAUAUCUAAAUAAAACCCUAUUUUUAGUUGGUGUAACAUGAUAUCAAGACAAAAACUUUCCAUUUUGAUUAUAUUGAAAACUGUAAAAUAUCAUAUAUGCCAUUUAGAUCAGGGUGUAUAUUUUAGCUACGAAAAUGUAUAACUUAUCAACGCAUUUACUAAAAUGUAUCUUUACUCUUCAAUGCGUAUAAUAUCGCUAUUAUACUGUUUCAAUACUGAUUCUACAAUAUGUAUGUAUUUUAGAAGAAUCUAAUUGCAACUGAUACUUUAAAAUAAAUAUUACC